AUGGGCAAACUCGGGCAGUCGAGCAUCUCGCACCGAGAGGCUGUCAGCGGCGAAGGCAGCUCGUCUCUCGACUCUCCAGGUCCGUCAAUUGAAGACCACCGUCAAGCCCCUGAUCCAUCAACCCGGACAUUAUCACGGAUCUCGACGACCUCCACCGUCGAAUAUAAAGUAUAUAAACGACGCUUCUUCGGCCUGGCCCAAUUAGUCCUGCUGAACAUUGUAGUCUCUUGGGACUGGAUCGCAUUUGCUCCCGUGUCCAAAACUUCAGCCAAGUACUUCGACACCUCGGAGACCAACAUCAACUGGGUCUCGACAGCGUUUCUCUUUGCCUUUUGCGUAACAACACCACCUACCUUCUAUGUCCUCCACAAGUAUGGCACAAAGACUGCCAUUAUCAUAGCCGCCUCCUUGGUGCUGGUCGGAAACUGGAUCAAAUAUGGCGCGACACGGGCAAACAACUUCGGCGGCGUCAUGGUCGGCCAACUGAUCAUCGGCUUCGCGCAACCCUUCGUCCUGUCUUCUCCCACGAGCUAUUCCAACCUCUGGUUCAGUGCGGCCGGCCGCACCACCGCCACUGCCUUGGCCUCCUUAUCCAACCCCUUCGGCGCAGCACUGGGUCAACUCAUCUCACCCUUCUGGGCGGACGAACCGCGCGAGAUCCCCAACAUGAUCCUGUACAUCUCCAUCAUCUCCUCGGUGGCGAGCGUACCGGCUUUCUUCAUCCCGUCGAGACCGCCCUCGCCACCUUCGGCCGGUUCAGUACCGGACCACAUGGACCGCACCUCUCUGCGCAAGGAUUUCCACACGCUCUCCCGCUCGCCGGAAUUCUACCUCCUCUUCCUCCCAUUCAUAUUCUACGUGGGAUUCUUCAACGCCUUCUCAGCGCUGCUCAAUCAGAUCCUUGAGCCUUACGGCUUCAGCGAAACCAACGCCGGCAUCGCCGGCGCAAUCUUGAUCGUGGUCGGGCUCGUCUGCGCGGCCAUCUCGAGCCCGAUCAUCGACAAGUACAAGUUUUACCUCGCUUACGUCAAGAUCGCCGUGCCAGUGUUGGCAAUCGGCUACUUGAUCGUCAUCUGGGCGCCGCAGUCCCGUUCUCUGGCGUACGUCUUCGUCGUCUGUGCCCUUCUCGGGGCUGCGAGCUUCGGCCUCGUCCCCGUGGCGUUGGAGUUCCUCGUCGAGAUUCACUACCCUCUGGGCCCCGAAUUGGGAAGCAGUCUCUGCUGGUGCGGCGGACAGCUUUUGGGCGGGAUAUUCAUUGUCAUCAUGAACGCGUUGAAGGCCGGUCCGUAUGCGGAUCCGCCGAAGAAUAUGAAAAGGGCUUUGAUCUUCCAAGCCGUGUUGGCCGUGUUGGUGAUGCCGACUCCGUUGUGCCUUGGGUUAUUCGGUCGCCAGGGACGUGUGAGAAGGAAGAGGUGGGAAGCAGAUCGCAGUACGCCAGACGAGGUGGUGCAGGGCUAUGUGGACAGAGUGGAAGAUGACGAACAGAUUCUCCACGUACAGGAUGCCAGAUUUGCCUGA